AUGGAGGAGCCAGGAGAAAAUUGGCCUUCUGAUUUGGAAAAAUGUGAUGACAUCAUUUUGGAAGAUGAUGAGAGGAAACUCAAAGAGAGAUUCUUGGCACUUUCAGCAGCUAUAGGCUUGAAGAAGACAAAAUUAGACAAAGCUUCAAUCCUAGACAAAGCUAAACACUACGUGAAACAACUUGAAGAACGAAUGAAAGAUUUAGAACAAGAAGUUAAAUCCAACACUUGUAACAACAAUUGUGAAACAAGUACUAGGAUUCUUCCUGAUGUGGAAGUCGAAGUGUUACAAAAGGAAAUUCUCCUCACAAUCCAUUGUGAGAAACAAAAGAAUGUCAUGCUUAAAAUACUUACUCAUCUAGAAAAUGUUCAUCUUUCAGUAGUGAGUAGUAGUGUUUUGCAAUUCGGAAAAUCCACCCUUGACAUCACCAUAGUUGCCCAGAUGCGUGAUGGAUACAAUAUUACUAUCGAGGAAUUAGUGAAAACCCUCAUAAUAGUGAUCAUGACAUCAUGUAGUAUAUGA